AUGUCUUUACCUAAGGACACUCCCAAUCUGGACCCGGGGCUGUCAUCGCCGUUUCCUGGCCAGCCUCGGUCCUUCUCUUCUUCUCUUCCUCGAGAGGAGCUGACUGCUCGUCUUGCUGAGCCCGUUCUCCCAACGCCGCCACCUGUUCGAGGAGCUUCCCCCGUUCCCGGAGGUGAUGCAGUAACAGCGGCCGAAGCUCCAUUCACCGGGGGAAGCUCUACUCAAGGCCCCGGCGUUUCUGCCUUGGCCGCCGCUCUUUCAAACUCUCUGGGACAGUCACCACCCCGUCACGGUACGCCUGCGGCUCGAAUCAACUCUCCUCCUCCGCAAUCACAAUCUCCCACCUUUCCCGCUCGAGCAGACACGCCUACGCAGUAUGGCUCCUUUGAAUCAAGGUCCCGCUUCGGUCCCGGUUCCACCACUGGUCCAUAUGAAGACCAUGAAAUCAUAAAGCGACACUUGGUGCAGCCUAGUGAUGCCGAGAACCCUACCUCAGGAGAGUCGUCUCCUAUGGGAACAAUCAAGGGCAAGCAACCCACAGACGUUGGGGUGGCCAAGGUCAAUGAAGAAGAAUUCUCCAGUUUACAGCUACAGGGUGGUGACGUUACCCGCGGUAUUUACAAGUGGACGGAGCAGGCAGAAGCAAAAAGCAAGCUCAAUCGCAGCAAAAGUUACGACCAUGUACGACCUGAACCCGAGGAGGAAGUCACGGAUAUUAGCGCUAUCAAGGUUCCUGGCGGAUUCAGACGUGAUCACCUACGAAGGCGAGCUUUCAGUCCGAGCGGACAACAUGCCGAGCUGGGUAGCAGUGGAGUCGGCUCUCCCGGAACGCUUGACCAACCUAGGCUGUUCACGUCGAGUUUCCUCGAAUUCCUGUCUAUUUACGGCCACUUUGCUGGUGAGGAACUUGAGGAAGAUGAUGAGAACUUGGGACCAAACGAGAUUUGGGACUCUGGAGAAGAUCGCGGCAGCGGAGAUGAGGAACCGACCGAAGACAGCGCUCUAUUGGGCAAGAAGAAGCGGAAGAGAAAAGCCCGCGGUGGCAGCGGCAAAAACAGUCCCAUGAAUGCCGCAUUGCUGUUACUAAAGUCUUUUGUCGGCACAGGUGUCCUGUUUCUGCCUCGAGCUUACCUCAACGGCGGAAUGCUCUUCAGUAAUCUUGUAUUGUUGUUUGUGAGCAUUCUUAGCUACUAUUGUUUUGUUCUCUUGGUGACGACACGGCUCAACGUCGAAGGCUCGUUUGGCGACAUGGGCGGCAUACUGUACGGCAAGUGGAUGCGCGGUCUGAUUUUGGGCUCCAUUGUCAUCAGCCAGAUAGGUUUCGUGGCCGCUUAUACUGUUUUUACUGCCCAGAACCUGCAGGCUUUUAUCCAUGCGGUAUCCGACUGCAAGGCGUCAAUCACCAUCCCGUUGCUUAUUCUCACGCAGACGGCCAUAUUCCUUCCUUUCUCUCUUCUACGUGACAUCGGAAAGCUGGGGUUCACGGCUCUCAUCGCUGAUGCCUUCAUCAUGGUUGGUUUGGCGUACCUCUUUUACUACGACGUCAUUACCCUCAACGCAAAUGGUCUGGCAGACAUCAUCAUGUUUAACCAAAAAGACUGGACCCUGUUUAUUGGAACCGCCAUAUUUACUUUUGAGGGCAUCGGUCUUAUCAUUCCUAUCCAGGAAUCGAUGAAGCAUCCCACAAAGUUUCCUCGCGUCCUCUUCCUCGUCAUGAUUAUCAUUACAGUUCUUUUCACGGUCAUGGGGGCUGUUUCAUAUGCCGCGUAUGGAUCCAAGACCGAAACCGUUGUUCUGCUCAACCUACCACAGGACGACAAGUUUGUCAAUGGAGUACAGUUGCUGUACUCUUGUGCCAUUCUGCUCUCAACGCCACUGCAGAUCUUCCCUGCUAUUCGUAUCAUCGAGACGGAGCUGUUCACCCGUAGCGGCAAGUACAAUCCUUGGAUCAAGUGGAAGAAGAAUGUGUUCCGAUUUUUCAUGGUGAUGCUCUGCUCUGCAAUUGCCUGGGGAGGUGCUAACCACCUCGACAAGUUUGUCGCCCUCGUUGGCAACUUUGCCUGUAUUCCGCUGGUAUACAUUUAUCCUGUGAGUUAA